AUGCGGGGAGUUCAGAUUUUUUCCGGGACAUCUCAUCCCUUGCUUGCAGAUACCAUCUGCGAACGCUUAGGCACCCAGCCUGCCCGGGCCAACCUUGGGAAGUUCGCCAAUGGCGAGACCAGUGUCAACAUUGGUGUCUCGGUUCGGAACCAAGAUGUCUACAUCGUCCAGAGCGGCAGUGGGAAGAUCAAUGACAGCGUAAUGGAGCUGCUGAUCAUGAUCUCUGCUUGCAAGGGUGGUUCCGCCAAAUCCAUCACAGCGGUCAUGCCGUACUUCCCGUACUCCCGCCAAUCCAAGAAGAAGAGUCACCGUGGUGCCAUCACCGCUCGGAUGCUGGCCAACCUGCUAUCAGUCGCCGGCGUGGACCAUGUGAUAACUCUGGAUUUGCAUGCAUCUCAAAUGCAGGGUUUCUUUGGAAAGCCCGUGGACAAUCUCUUCGCCGAGCCCUUCAUCGCGCGUUGGAUCCGCAUGAACGUCCUCGGCUGGAAGGAGGCUGUUGUCGUCAGCAAGAACGCCGGAGGUACCAAGCGAGUCACUUCAUUGGCGGACACACUCAAACUGAACUUUGGCAUCGUCACUACUGACCGACGACGCCCGAAGGUGGCUGUAACCAUGACGGACAGCACCGUGUUUUUCGACUCCAUUGAGGAAGCGGAAACCCCUGCCCCCAAAGAGCAAGACCCCUUUGUGGUGCAUGUUCAGAGCGGAAGUGAUGAGGCUUCUGAGUCCGAAAAGUCUCAGAAUGUUGCUGUCGAACCCGUUUCGGCCGGUUCCCUCUUCCCCGACCUCUCGUCCGGUGCCCGCCGCCCGUCAGAGUUGGAGGCUGCACGCGAGUACACUGACGUUCGCGUGCGGGACGUCAUCACUGGGAGACUCGUGCAGGGUCAGCUUGUAGACGAUGAUUACCCCUCGGCCGAGCCCUCGGCUCCUGUGUCCGGCGAGACCACUCCAGGACCGAACCCCAGCCAAGACAGUGAGCCCGUCUCUGAUCCGAUGGCCGAAUCUCUUAUCUCCACCACGUCCUCCCAGCCCGCGGAUCAUGCCCUGGGUGGCUCCUUUGAUGCCGCCGAAUCAUCGGACGAAGAAGGUAGCGUGGGACGGAUUGCCGAGCAGGAGAAGACUAUCACCCUGGUCGGAGAUGUUCGCGACAGGACGGUGUUCAUUGUUGAUGACAUGAUCGAUAAGAGCGGAUCCUGGAUUGCUGCCGCUGAGACGGUUGUCAAGAAGGGUGGUGCCAAGAAGGUUUACUGCAUUGCGACUCACGGCCUUUUCGGGGAUGAGUCCCUUGAGCAGAUGGAGCAAUGCAAGUCGAUUGACCACAUUGUUGUUACUAACACUUUCCCGGUUUCCCCUCAAAUGCUCAAGAAGUCGAAAAAGUUGAUUGUCAUUGACAUCUCGAGUCUUGUUGCGGAGAGUAUCCGACGUCAUCACUAUGGCGAAAGUGUUUCGGCAUUGUUCCACCUCAAUGAAUAA